AUGGAGGCAGACAUGAAGCUGCACGACCCUCACAGGCCAACAUGGAGCCGGCAGAUAGAGUUCACGCUGGCCGGAAUCGGCAUGGCAGUUGGUCUGGGCAACGUAUGGCGGUUUCCCUAUCUCUGUUACAGGAGCGGCGGCGGGGCCUUUUUGGUGCCCUACGUUUUCAUGCUGGUGGUUCUGGGAAUCCCUCUUCUUUACAUGGAGCUGCUCCUGGGCCAGUACAUGAGGAGGGGGCCGGUCCAAGUCCUAAAAAAUGUCUGCCCGCUCUUGAAAGGGGUCGGCUUGGCGUCCGUGGCUAUCUCUUUCAUCAUGUGCACGUACUACAACGUGGUGAUCACCUGGGCCCUGUACUACAUGUUCAGCUCCUUCCGUACUACGCUGCCCUGGCAGGACUGCAAUAACACCUGGAACACACAAAACUGUACCAGCACCCCCACUAACAGCAGUGCCGAACACACCUCCACAGCCAGCCAGGAGUUCUUCAAUUUGAAGAUGCUGCAGAGGACAGGCGGCCUGGAGGACUCUGGGACUCUGCGCUGGGAGCUGCUGCUGAUCCUGCUGCUGGCCUGGACCAUGAUCUACCUCUGCAUCUUCAAGGGCGUCAAGUCCACCGGCAAGGUGGUGUACUUCACAGCCCUCUUCCCGUACGUGAUCCUGCUGGCUCUGCUGAUCAAUAACGUCCAGCUCCCCGGAGCCCUGGAGGGAAUAAAGUUCUUCAUCAUCCCAGAGUGGGAGAAGCUUCUCUCCAUGGAGGUGUGGGUGAAUGCCGCGGCACAGAUCUUCAACUCCAUCGGGAUAGGAUUCGGGUCGCUCAUGUCCAUGUCCAGCUACAACUCCUUCAACAACAACGUGCUGAAAGACACUCUGACCAUAGCCAUCGUCAACUCUCUGACCAGUCUCCUGGCCGGAUUCGUCAUCUUCUCGGCCUUCGGGUACAUGUCUCAUCUCCAGGGCAUCCACAUAAAGGACCUGGCAGUGGACGGCCCAGGGCUCGUGUUUGUCGUGUACCCACAAGCCUUUGCCACCAUGCCACUGGCCCCCCUCUGGGCUGUGAUGUUCUUCUUCAUGCUGCUCUGCCUAGGCCUGGACAGCGAGUUCGGCAUGGUGGAAGUGAUGGUGACCAGCCUGAAGGACAGCUACGGCAAGCAGCUGAACCGCUACUUCAAGCGGAAGGAGCUGUUCGUCUUGGCAGUCUGCAGCGUGGCCUUUCUGUUCGGGAUUCCCUACGUCUUGCAGGUGGGGAUCUAUGUGUUCCAGCUGAUGGAUCAUUACACCGCCAUUGUGUCCAUUCUGUUUCUGGCCUUUUUCGAGGUGAUCGCCACCUGUUGGAUUUACGGAGUGAAGCGUCUCUCAGGCUGUCUGGAGGAGAUGACAGGGAAAGGGGCAAACAUCUACUUCAAGUUCUGUUGGCUCAUCGUUGCCCCUGUACUCAUCACUGUGAUCCUCAUCUUCAGCAUCAUCCAGUUCAAACCGGCCCGCUACGAGGACUACGUCUUCCCUGGCUGGGCCCAGGGGGUUGGUUGGGUCAUCGCCCUGGGGUCCAUCAUCUGGAUCCCCCUGGGAGCCGUUCACACCUUAUGGGUCCUGCCAGGGUCCAUCACAGAGAAACUGCGCCAGUCGAUCACACCUUACGGACUGGACAGGAAGUCAGAGCUGGACCUCGGAGGAGGAGAAACGGUACACCCAGGGAGUCUGGCUAUCACCAGCGAGGCCAAGACAGAGAACUUUCAGUUUCAGACAAGUCUCUGAUACUGAACCAUCCCUCUUGAGUAUCAAUCAGUCACAGUGAUUCAUCAAAAGGCUCUGAAAGAAGACACGUCGCCUGGCUCCUGCAGGAAAGUGUGCGGUGAACUUUGUGUUUGGAGUUUUUCGUAAUGCCAGAAUGGGUUGUCAACGACCGACAUCAUUAAAUAUUUAUCAACAGUGUCAAAAUCUGUUUGCCAGAAGUGUAAGAUGUCCUAUAAAGCCAUUUAAUUUAAAUUUAUAAUAAUUUAUUUAUAAUAUGCAGAUUGGGUACAUUUUUCAGUAUGAUGACUGACACGUUAGCUAGAUGUUUUGAAGAUAACACCAGCUGUAACAUAGCAAUUGCGAAUGCGGAAUAUGGCGAUAUUUAUUUGGUAAUGAACUGAUAUUUGAAAACUGUUUUGUUAUAACACUUAUGUUGUAUUUAGAAAAUAUCUUUCUUUGUAGCGAUGCACACCUGCAAUGCACUAGACCAUCACUCAUAAUAAAACAAAACAAA